CCGCAUGUGCAGCGCCACCGAGCACGACAGACAAUUAUUAUUACUAUUAUCGCCGCCGCCGCCGUCGUAGUCCGGACAGUCGCCGCCGCACGCGCGCGCCUACUUGUCGGCCGGUACCCGUCGUGCCCCGUCGACCGCCGUCGCCUGACGCGCGCACGCGCACUCACAGCCGCCGCAGCAGCGAAACGGACCCGAGCGAAAGGGUCUGUCCGACCGGCGAACGCUCUUCAGUCGUUGGACUACGCGCAACUCUUCCGGGUGUCGAGUGAAUCGGAACCGCUCUCCGAGCACUCUUCUUCGCGUGCAACGCCGUCACCGCCGCCGCGGACUUAACUGAUUUUUUUCGUUUAUACGUUUACAUGACUAUUUUUCGUAUAGUGCGUUUUUGCGUUUUCCGCAAUUUGUUUUGUUUAUAAAUUAUUCGUAUUUUAAUUCUGUGAAAAAAUUUUCCGGAACGAAAAAAAAAAAUUCAAAGUCCAACAAUUGCGAUUUGUCGUCAGAAAAAAAAGAAGAAAAAACGAACCGCUUCAAUCAUGGCCAUACCGUUCGUGAUGCCGGAGCCCGAUCCUGAUACACCAAUGGCUCAUUAUUUGCGAAUUCAAAAUUUGCUCAGAGAACUGUUGACCCUGCUCAGCCGAAUGCCCUCUCGCAUGAUCGGUGAUCCGACAAACUAUCCGUACACCAACAUCAGCAUAUUUUCUUCGGGUCCUCCACCGUAUUCGGAGGAAGUACGCGAUCGUCUUUGGGCACAGCAACAGCAAGCUUCGGCCCGCGCGUUCAACCGCCGCUGCGUGCGCGAACGCCUGCAACAACGCCAGCAACAGCGACAGCAACAGCAAUCGUUGUUGCCCGACUUGGUCACAUCGUGCCAGCAGUCAGCGAAUCCACCGCCACCGCCGCCUCCACCGCCACCGCCGUCACCGCCGCAACAGCAAUUGCAGGCACAGCAACAGUCCGCGGAGGAGGAGGACAUCGAAGACAAGAUUGCCAGGGCCGUCAAGCUGCAGGUCGCCGUGUGCCCGACUUGCUAUUACAGCGAGGAGCGCAAGCUGAAGGUGAUCGCCGUCGCCAAGCUGGACGAAAACGGCAAUCCUAUCCGCUGGACCAACAACCGCGACGACGAAGAACCGAUGGUUGUCGAGAAUAAGAUUUCAAAAGUAAAACGGCGAAUCAUGUCGUUGCUUCAGCCGUCGAAAAUCGAAUCGUCCGUACUCACAGCCAUGUUCGUUAUCAUCGGCUGGAAAAUGUUCAUCAAACAAUAAUGUAAUUUUGUUUUAAGAAUUAGAGAGAGAGAGAGAUAGAGAAAAAAACAAUUUUUUCCACGCCUAUAUAAAAAGACUCUAAAACAUGAUUCCAGUCACGGUUUUUAGUGACUAAAACAAAUUUUAAUUUUAAUGCUAAUCAAAUCGACCGUUGAUCUCAAUUACAUGAAUGUGAGAUGAUCGUAACCGUAGCCAAAUGUAGUAUUAAUUUAUACUAUAUUAUAAUAUAACCUAUCUUUAAUUUAAUUAUUAUUAUUAUUAUUUUUUUAAUAUUGUCAUCGACUUGAAUGCGCUUGUAGGUAUACUCAUUUGCAACCUCCGCUGCAUUUGGGUGUAUGAGCUUUCUUGUCGAUUAUUAUUAAUACAUUUUUUUUUUGUAUAACAUCAACAUUAUUGUAUAAGUAUGUACCUAUUUUUUUUUUUGUAAUUACUCUCUAUUUCUAUGCUUCAUCUGUUGUAAUUUGUCGUUUCACAUGGGAAUUCUGCGGUUUCAGUCCCAGACCUAUUCACGUUUUGAUCUCGUUUUUAUAAAACUAUAGCUUCAGAACGGCACUACUGCGACGGCGGGGUUUCCCUGCCGCGGCGGUUUUGAAUUAGUACGAAAUGCUAUAUUGUAUUAAUUUUUUUAUUAUUUUUGCUCACUGUAAAUAUGCGUUUUUAUUUUUUUAUUUAUACACACACACUCGCGCCGAGUCAUUAUUAUUCGUUUUUUUGAAUUUCGCCGUAAAUUUGGUUAUCAUCUAACAGGUAAAGAAAAAAAAUUGAAUUCUCUGUGGACGUUUAUUCUCUUGUUUCUAUUCGUUCUACUAAUAAUUAUGGUAUAGGUCAUAAUAUGAGGUGAUAUGGUAUACCAGCUGGUAUAUUAUAUUAUAAUUUGGCGAACGUCGAGAUCCGGUUCUAACAUAGUUUACAUCACUGUAAAAAUAACAACUAUAUAUUACAAUAAUAUAAUUCAUACUUUGACACUUAGUGCGUCGAGGAAUCAUAAAAAAAAUAUCGAUAUUAUGAUCGCUUUGUAAAUAAACUAACCUUAACUUAUUAUAAUACGCUUGUAUGCGCAUGCAACGGGUUAUUAUAACUACCUAUAUAUAUAUAGUAUGUAUUUAUUUUUUUUUGGUUUUCUUAUUUUUUACAUUUUUUUAUUAUUUUGAAAAGCAUUUCUGUGGUGUUAAAUAAAACUUGGACGCUGUCGGAGCCUUUCAUAUGCUUCGAGCUUAAACCAUUCUUUGCGAAUUUCCUCCCGGCAGCGAUCCUCGUUUCGCCCAUCAAAGCGUUUUCUGUGAUAAUGCCAUUAUUUUUUUUUUAUCUAUUGAAUUAUAUAUUUAUCUAAUAAAUCUAUGGCAUUUCUUGUGUUUUAUACGGUUCCUCAUAACGAAUCGUAAUAUAUACAAUAUAUUAUGUAAUUUGUAAAUUAUUGAAUUGAUAAGGUUUUUUUUUAAAAUUAUUAUUAUUAUUAGGUUGAUCUCUUAUACACAGUAUUUAAGUAGAUAGUGUUCUUAGCCAUUAGUUUAAUUUUAGUAUUAAUUAGUAGAUAAUAUUAUUACACUUUAGAUUUAAUGAUGUUGAUGUUAAAUAUUGUUAAAAUGGUCAUCUCUCUCUUCGAUUCACAAAAUAAAAAUAAAAAAAACAAUUAUUAUGACAUGUACCUACUUAACGCGCAAGAGCGUUUAAGUUGUAAUAAUUAAAAAAAAAAUUGUAAAAAUACCCAAAUAUAAUGUAAUUUAUUGGAAGACUAUUGAUUAUAAGCGUUUUGUGAUCCAAAAUUUUUAUUACUGUAGAAAUUAGAUUUUUUAAAUAUUUAUUUUAUUAUAUAAUAAAAUUAUUAUAACAUAAUAAUAUAUAUUAUGUAAAUACACAAUUAAUUUUUAUUCAAACACUUUGAGGUAUUUAUUUUAAAUUUAAAAGGAAAAAACAGAAGUUCGUUGAACAAUCGUUGCAAAAUUAUAUGUGUGUAUGUCAAUUCAUUAUACUUUAAAUUAUAUAAUAUUUUCUUUUCGUAUUAACAAUAAUACAAUAAUGAUUAAAAAACAAAACAAAACAAGAACACUGCCCAAAUACUUAUGAUGCCAUGUCUUCAGUAUAUUUAUUGUAAGUAUAUUCGCAAACGCGUUUUACCUUUAUAAUAUCAACUCCAUUGUUAUAAUAAUAAUUUUGUAUAGACUCCUCUCCCCGCGGUCCUCGAUAUUUAUCCCCCUCUUGUAUUAUUGUAUAUUAACACAUUUUAUUCCCAUAAUGAUAUUGUAUAGUUUUAGAGCUGUUUUUUUAUAUGAUAUUAUAUAUUAUUAUCAAUCGUACUUUAUAUAUAUAACAUAAUACACUUCGCGGCAUAUAAAUGUGCGCCUCGCCGGUUUCCGGCGCUCGUGCACACUGCGUCUCACUCCCGUUGUCUUUCAUUUGUAUCCAUAGGUAAUAAUAUUAUAUAUAUUAUAAUUGUUGUUUGUAAGCAGAAAUUGAAUAUAAUUGUGUGCACAUAUAACAAUAUGUAACUAUCGUUGUCCGAACGGAUCCUAUAUGUAAUUAUAUGUAUGCAUGAUAUUAUUAUUAUUAUUAUUAUUAUUAUUAUUGAAGAAAAAUAAACAAAAAUCUUAUACCAUACAA